AUGUCGAAGAGCAUCGCCCUACCCGCACUUACCGCCUCCAUCCCGGCGUUUUACCACUUCCUCGCCCCCAAGUCCACCACGGUCCAGGGCCUGUUCCUGCCUGUUGGCUAUGGCUAUGUGGUCUCGUGUGUUGUCUCGGCCGCCUGGGUCACCUUCUUGAUGGGUGUCAAGGUGGGUAGCGCACGCAGAGCUGCUCAAAUCCCUUAUCCGUAUCAGUACGCCGACCGAGCCGUCGCGGACAAGAACCGAGAGGCUCAUCUCUUCAACUGCGCUCAGCGUGUUCACCAGAACACCCUCGAAAACCUCACGAGCUUCGCAUUUCUCACGCUAUUCAACGGUCUCUUCUUCCCGCAACUCACCACUGUCGUCUCGGCCACUUGGGUCAUCUCACGUAUUCCUUACGCGAUCGGUUACUACUCGGGUACGCCAAGCAAUCGUGCUUUCGGUGCCAUUCCCAGCGGUCUCAGCUUCCUCGCUUUGUUGAUCAUUGCCACUUACGCCUGCUUCACCAUCGUUGGUGCUGCACCCAUUGUCAACAACGUUCUUUGA